ACAACGACAGAUUUGUACCUGGUCAGCUCGGGGGUUUGAACUUGCAACCUUCCGGUUACUAGUCCAACGCUCUAACCACUAGGCUACCCCACUGCCCCUUUAAUUUCCUUACGCACCAAUACAUGCAAUACCUUAUAAUGACAAAGUGAAAAUGUGUUUUUAGACAUUUUUGUACAUGUAUUUAAAUUUUACUACAGAAAUAUCUCAUUUACAUGAAUAUUCACUUCCCUAAGUCAGUACUUUGUCGAAGCACCUUUGGCGGUGAUUACAGCUGUGAGUCUUUUUGGGUAAGCCUCUGAGCGCUUUGCAUACCUGGAUUGAACAAUAUUUGCCCAUUAUUCUUAAAAAAGGUUAAUUAUUUAUCAAUGCUAGACAUUUUCAAAUCUUGCCAUAGAUUUUCAAAACUAACUAGGCCACUCCGGAACAUUCAAUGUUGUCUUGGUAAGCAACUCCAGUGUAUAUUAGGCCUUGUGUUUUAGGUUAUUGUCCUGCUGAAAGAUGCAUUGAUCUCCUAAUGUCUGUUAAAAAGCAGUCUGAACCAGGUUCUCCUCUAUGAUUUUUGCCUGUGCUUAUAGCUGUAUUCUGUUUUCUUAAUAUCCCACCAAAAAUUGCUAGUCCUUGCCAAUGACAGGCAUACCCAUAACAUGAUGCAGCCACCACCAUGCUUGAAAACAUGAAGAGUGGUACUCCCGUGAUGUGUUGUGUUGGGUUUGUCCCAAAUGCCUUCUAUUCAGGAUAAAAAGUAUAUUUCUUUGUCACAUUUUUUGCAGUAUUACUUAAGUUCUUUGUUGCAAACAGGGUGCAUGUUUUGGAAUAUUUUUUAUUCUGUACAGGCUUCAUUCUUUUCACUCUGUCAUUUAGGUUAGUAUUGUGGAGUAGCUACAAUGUUGUUGAUCCAUACAUUAAACUCAGUAGCUGUUUUGAAGUCAUUGGCCUCAUGGUGAAAUCCCUGAGCAGCUAACUUCCUCUCUGGCAACUGAGUUUGUAAGAAUGCCUGUAUCUUUGUAUCGACUGGGUGUAUUGAUACACCUUCCAAAGACUAAUUAAUAACUUCACCAUGCUCAAAGGGAUAUUCAGCAUCUGCUCUUUUUAUUUGUACACAUCUACCAAUCGGUGCCCUUCUUAGCGAGGCAUUGGAAAACCUUGCUGGUCUUUGUGGUUGAAUCUGUACUUGAAAUGCAUUACUCAAUUGAGGGACCUUAACAAAUAACCUGUAUGUGUGGGGUACAGAGAUGGAAUAGUUAUUCAACUACUAUUAUUGAACACGGAAUGAGUCCAUGCAACUUAUGUGGUUUGUUAACCAUAUUUUUGCUCCUAAACUUAUUUAGGCUUGCAAUAACAAAGGAGCUGAAUACUAAUUGACUCAAGACUUUUCAGCUUUUAAUGUUUUAUUAAUAAUAUCUACAAAUCAAAUUCCACUUAGACAUUGUGGGGUAUUGUGUGUAGAACAUUGACACAAAAUCUCAAUUUAAAAUUUAGGCUGUAACACAACAAAAUGUGGAAAAGGUAAAGGGGUGUGAAUACUUUUAUGAAUGCACUGUAUAUGGCUCUGCAUUACACAUAAAAUGAGUAGUUGGACUAUGGUGUCUUCUCUAGGGGGCAGUUUUUCUUUUAAGAGCAGUGAUGCUCGGCCUGAACAUUUGACACAAAUCACUUGUACGGUUUUGGAAGCAUAAGGACCUAAUCUUUUAUAUUGGCGAGAAAUCUUUUUUUUUAAACCAAAGGUUAAAUUGAUACACCUUUUUAUAGGGUUAGGGUUCCCCACACGGCCAUAUUUCAGCGCUUGUUUCCGGAAGACGGUCAACUACCUGUGCUAAUCAGCUUACUAAUGCAAAUGAAGAGGAAGACCUAGACAAUAACCAAUCAACAAGAUUAAGAUCAAACCUGGGAAAAAGCAACGCAAUAAAACCAAGAUGACUAGGAGUCAUCGAGACUCCAUCAAAACAGAUUGUGAAACACAGUCAGAUGAUGUUGACUCCAUUAGAGAAGAUUCAGACAUUGGCCAAGCCCACUCUCUCAGCAGUAUUGGGUUUACUUUCAACAUCAUCCAAAUCAAAGAGGAGGAAACAGACUUUGAAGUGCAUGAAACAAGUGAGGAACAUAACGGAAUUAGAUCAAAUUAUCACUUGGAUUCUAGAGCACUCCACCAGGAUUCUGGAACCAUCAAAACCAAGACUGAAACAGAUUCUGUUUACAUUAGCCAAGGAACUGUGGAAAUUAAGACUGAGGAUGAUUCUGAAAUCAGAGUGGUUAAGACAGAAACUCUAAUGUACUCUCCCUCACACAGCUGCCCCCACUGCAGUUGCAUGUUCCACACACCACAGCAGCUACUUGUCCACACCUGCCAGGUCGUGAAUUCUGACAACAUUGUGGAUUUUUUGUUGAAGACCCCAUUUCAUUCUUUGGAGUCCACAGAAAAGGUGCGAAUUAAAACAGAGGGUCGACCUCUGCCUGAAAUCAAGUACAUAAGGAAGGAUGACAAAGUGAGGAGGGCGUUCAAUACCAACUGGUAUAAAAAGUAUCAAUGGCUAACAGGUAGUCUUUCAUCAAGCCGCUUGUAUUGCUGGCCUUGUCUGCUCUUUGGAACGUUUGAGCCUUGGGCUAAAGGGGGGUUCAGUGACCUGAAGAACAUUGACCUUUCAGCUAAACGGCAUGACGAAUGCCGGGAGCAUCUCAACUCCUACGCGAAACUCAAGCUUUUGGGACACCCGAGUCAUCAUGCCAAUCAUUCACUCAAUGAAGGCCUGCGUAUUCAAGCUGCGCAACACAACGAGAAGGUCAGAAGAAACAGGGAUGUUCUCAAACGCUUCAUUGACAGCAUUGCAUACUUAGGCAUGCAAGAGUUGGCUUUUAGGGGGCACGAUGAGACGGAAAGUUCCGCUAACAAAGGCAACUACAGGGAAUUGGCAGAGGUAAUCGCGCGGUAUGAUGCUUUACUUGCUCAGCAUAUGGAAUCUUCAACUGUGUUCACUGGAAUGUCAAGAACAAUUCAGAAUGACUUGAUAACUGCUAUCGCAUCAUCAAUUAAAAGUGAGAUUAAAAGCGAAGUUGACGCUGCUCCAUUUUUCUCAUGGCAAAUGGAUGAAACUACAGACUUUUCGCAGUUGUCUGUCAUUGUCAGGUAUGUGGAUGAUCGGGGGUGUGUCCAGGAGCGUUUCUUGGGCUACUUUGAUGUGUCAGCUGGGCGAGAUACAGUCUGUGUUUGAUCUAGUGAAUUCGGAGAUGUCAUAGUUUAACUUUGUGGAGAAACUAGUCGCUCAAACAUAUGAUGGCGCUGCUGUAAUGGCUUCUGAUUUAAAUGGUCUGCAAGCAAAAGUAAGAGCUGUAGCGCCGAGCGCCACCUUUGUGCAUUGCUAUGCACAUCCCCUCAACUCCGUAUUAAGCCAGAGCGUGAAGUCUAUGCCCAAGACCAAGGUUUUCUUUGCCACACUGGGUGGCUUCGCAACUUUUUUUUGUAAGUCCACCAAUAGAAUGCUGCUAGAAAAGGUCGCUUGUGCAAGUUUGCCAAAAAAUGUACCAACACAUUGGAAUUUCACGUCCAGAGUCGUUAACACAGUGGCAAAAAACUUUGAGCAUCUAUUGGACACAUUCACAGGUAUCACAGAGCAUCCUAACAUGGACGAUGACACGAUUUUCAAUGCAAAUGGGUUCAAGACACAGCUGGAAGAUUUUCAUUUUAUUUUUUUACUUCUCACUUUUGAAUAUAUAUUUGCUUGCACAGAUGUGGUUUUUGACAGUGUGCAACAGAAUGCCAUGGAUGUAGAAUUUUGUAAGAGGAGGAUUGAGAAUCUUAUGCUCAAGAUAGAGGAGCACAAAUCUGAAGAAGAAUUUAGUGCUAUAUAUCAGAAGGCUUCGAACAUGACAGAUGAUCCAGAGUUGAUGCACAGAAGGAAGCAAAGGCAGGGCACGCAGGAUGUAAUGCAGAUGUACAAAUCACUGUACGAUUCAAUCCAUGACAACAUCAAGACACAAAUAGCACAGAGGUUCCAAAGCCUGGACAGCAGGAGAUACAUGGAGUUGUUAGAUCAUGAGAAAUUUGAGUCAUUCCAGAGUGAAUUCACUGCAAAUGCAAUGGAAAGCCUGUCCCAGAGCUAUGGGUGAGCUGCAAGUGUUCUACUGUGGUGAGGAGCUUCAAGGGAACAGUCGAAAACUGUGUGACAGAAUCUUGCAUUUCAAGGGGGUGUGGAUUGAAUGAAGUGAUGCCUGAGGUGUACCGGUUCAUGUGCCUAGUUGCAACUAUAGGGGCAACGUCAGCGGGCGUGGAGAGCAGAUUCUCUCGUCUGAAGAGGCUGAAAAGCUACACAAGGAACACCAUGGGACAUGAGCGACUCAAGAACCUGGCAAUCCUAUCCAUAGAAAGGAGAAUUCUUAAAUCAUUGCAGAAGAAUCCUCACUGGUAUGAGAGGGUCAUUGACCAGUUUGCCAACCAGACUAUGAGAAGAAUGGACUUUAUAUUCAAGUGAUUGAGACUGGAUGGUGGAAACUCCCUGAACUACUGCAAGGGAGUAUAAGGUCCCAUGAUGCCAAUGAUAUCUUAAAAGCAGAGUGUAGGUCCUGUUUGUAAGCAUGUGCACAUGUCCACAACCUCUCAUUCUUCCUCUGGAGACCUCAACCCUUCUCAUGCACUGCAGUCUGCGUUGACUAAAGCUGUCAGUGUCAUCGAAUGAUGUCAAACAAACUGACCGCUGCUGCUGCUGCUAAAGAACAUUAAAACUUCGACUAUUUUGGUGAAUGCCGGUUUUCCUUUUUCAGUUUACAUGCCUUUUGGACCCUGCACCCAAAGACUUAUUUGAACUGUUAAGUUGCGCAUGGUUCUUGAUUUUGUGUUGUAUUUUGUAGUUAUUAUGGAUCCCCAUUAGCUACUCUUCCUGCACUUAUAACAUUUUUGUAGUUGAUUAACAAGGGAAAAGUGAUGCACAGAUGGUUGUAUAUGCCCGACUUACUGCCUGGGGAUGACAAAAGUGACUGAUUGCUGUAAAUGAAGUAUGUGAAAGAGGA